CGCCUACCGUAUACCUUGAUCUUCCUCAAUUACACCCACAGACUCAUACACAACUCUUCAGCAUGGCAUACUUCCAGCAGCAAUCGUAUGGUAAUAACCAGCCUCAGUUCUACGCGGCGUCAAAUGCCAACGCCAACACGUACAACCCCCAGCAGUUCCAAGCGUCGGCACCGGUUUCCGGGUUCAUGAACAACCAGUUCGCCUCGCCUAGCGCAGAUGUCACGGGAAAUAUGAGUGGACAACUGUUGUCACAAGGCGUUUUCGCCGCCUUUGGGACGUCUGGGUACCCUGGCGAGUCGCCCUUGCUUGAGGAACUAGGCAUCAACUUCCAGCACAUCAAGACCAAAACGUUGGCGGUGUUGAACCCCUUCACAUCCUACGCAAAAUUUGCCGUGAGUAGCACUGGGGAGAGCGACAAUGGUGCCGAUAACGUGAUGAACGACGCGGAUUUAGCCGGUCCGAUCUUGUUUGUGUUGAUGUUCGGCUCCUUCUUGUUAAUGGCUGGGAAGGUCCAGUUCGGGUAUGUAUACGGGGUUGGGUUAUUCGGCACGAUAUCGCUCCACUACUUGUUCAAGCUCAUGGGCGACAACCCAGGCAUGGACGUGUUGCGAUCCUGCUCCGUUAUCGGGUACUGCUUAUUGCCGUUGGUGCUCUUGUCUCUGGCGGGGGUUUUUGUUAAUUUAGACUGUUUCUUUGGCUACAUUGCGGGCGCGCUAUCCGUAUUGUGGUGCACGUUGGCGGCCUCCGGGUUCUUUCAGAGCGUAUUGCGCGUAAACGGCGUGAGAGCAUUGAUUGGCUAUCCGUUGAUGAUGUUUUACAGCGUGUUCGCAUUGAUGGUGAUCUUUGUUGAGGUGAACUAGCUUGCAAUGGCUUAGCAACAUGCUAUACCUUAGAGACAUUUAAGGACCCCUGUGUGCAAUUCACAGAACCUCACCCAAAGCGGCGGUUCGUUCCUGGGCGAUGUUAUGACUGAUAUUGUAUAGCAUACACCGUGAUAUCUUUCGAUAGUUAUGUGAAAUAUUACGAAGAGCGUAACCACGGUAUCUAAUAUGCCCGAUCCCUUUGCUAACGACCUAUAUUAAAUAAUCUGGUCAUGGGAUAGAUAAAGCUUAGCCAAGUAGAGGAUAGCUCUAUAAGUAUUACCGCAAAAGUAGUAGCGCCUACCUUUGCACGAUGAGAAUAUAUAGUGGUAUUUAGCUAUUGUAAAUCUAGAAAUUUCACCAGGGAAGGGUAUCCAAGGUUUGGGAGAACCUUACCCGAUGAAUUGAACACUUUUAAC